CGCCCUCGCGCCCACACCAUGGCGCCCUCUGCCGACCUCAAACUGCCGCCGCCGGUCAACAAGGCAGCCUUCGUCGAGGAUGUCGAGGAGCCCGCCAGCGUCGCCGCCUCGGCGCCUGCCGGCGCAGGCGGCGCCGACGAGCCGCUGCUGACGGCCGUCGCGCCGGCGCCGCCCAAGUUCGCCUCGGGCGGCCUCAUCUACCCGCCGCCCGACAUCCGCGCCAUCGUCGACAAGACGGCCACGUUCGUCGCGCGCAACGGCGCCCAGUUUGAGGCCAAGAUCCGCGGCGACGAGCGCGCCAACACCAAGUUUGCCUUCAUGGCCGACGGCGAUCCGUACAACGCCUACUACCGCGCCAAGAUCCAGCUCGUGCAGAGCGGCGACGGCCCGCUCAAGGAGGCCGCAGACGCUGCCGGCGGCAUCGGCGGCGGCCAGCUUACGCGCCUCGACGGCGCAGACGAGAAGGCGGCGCUGGAGCAGGAGGAGGAGGAUCGCCGGCGGAGAGAGGAGCGCAGCCGGCCGGAAGAGCCGCGGACGCACGACUUUGAGCUUGACCUGCCGAACAUCACCGCUGUCGACCUUGACGUGCUUAAGCUCACCGCACUGUACACGGCCCGCAAGGGUCGCUCCUUUGCAUCUGCCGUGCUGGCGCGUGAGGGACGCUCGUUCCAGUUUGAGUUCCUGCGUCCGUCACACUCGCUGUUCGGCUACUUUAACCGCAUCGUCGAGCAAUACCGCCUGGUGCUCGACCCGCCGGCCGACGCGCUCGAGCGCAUCAACGAUGUCACACCGGCAGGCGUGGCGCCGCCGCUGGGUGCAGGCCGUGGCGGCGGCCGCGUGAAGCUGUUGGAGGAGGCACGCAAGCGCGCCAAGUUCGAGAAGUGGGUGCGCGAGCGGAGAAAGCUGAAGGAGACCGAGGAGGAGAGCGAGCGCGCUGCCUUCAUGGAGAUCGACUGGAACGACUUUGUCGUCGUGGGCACCGUCGAGCUGACCGAGACGGACGCGCACAUCGACCUGCCGCCGCCGAUGUCGUUGCGGGACAUCGAGAACAUGUCGAUGGCGCAGAAGCGCAUGGCCGCCAUGAUCAUGGAGGUCGAGGGCGGCGAUGCCGACGAGUCGAAGCUGCUCGGCCUGAUGGACGUGCCGGGCGGCGAGGGCGCCAGCGCUGGUGCCUCCGAGCCGGUGCGCGCCAAGCCCAGCCAGAUGAACCCAGAGCGCGCCGCCUACGCCGCCGGUGCAUCAUUGCCGGCACGGCCAGGAUCGGGCGCCGUGGCGCAGGCGCAGGAUGAGGACGACGUGGAGAUGGACAUGGACGACGACAGCGACGAGGAGCCGGCGCCUGUGCCGCAGGUGGAGGAGAUCAAGCGCGCGGACGGGCAGGCGCCGAUGCGCGUGCGCAAGGGCUACGUGCCCAAGACGCUCGCCGACCGCAAGGCCGCUGCCGACGCGCAGACGACCAAGUGUCCCGUGUGCGGCGAGCAGAUACCGCUGUCCGAGAUGGACGAGCACGUGCGCAUCGAGCUGCUCAACCCCAAGUUCCGCGAGCAGCGCCAGGAGCUCGAGACGAAGCGGGCGCAGCACAAUGCGCUGCAAGAAGGCGCAGAUCCCUCGCGCUUCCUGCGGCAGUUCGCCGGCGCGCGCACGGACAUUUUCGGCGCCGAGGCCGAGGAGGACGCGCGGAAACGGCGCGAGGAGCAAGAGGCGCAGCAGCGGCGCGAGCGCGAGAAGAUCAUCUGGGAUGGCCACGCCAAUAGCCGCACGGCCACGCGCGACACGUUCAACAAGACGAGCCAGGUGGAGGAGACGAUGGCGCAGAUCCAGCGCAAGUUCAACGUCGGCGCGCCCGAGGCCAAUAUCGGCCCGCAGGUGCCUGGCAUGGCUGCGGCCGGCCCGUCGACGAUGGCGCCGCCGUCUGGCCCGUCAGGCUCCGCGCCGAGCAUCCAUCCCUCGCGCCUCGCCUCGGGCAUUGACCCCUCUGCCGCGCUCAAGCGGCCCGCCGAGGGCUACCCUGCCGGACAGCCGGACGCACAGCGGCACGCCGGUCUGCCGACUGCGCCCGCAGCGAUGGGCGCGCUGCAGCCGCCGCCCGAUGCACCGACAGGUCCCUCGCGGCCAGGCGCCGCUCAGGUCAACGUCAACUCGCUGCCGAAGCAGUCGUCGGGCGCGCUGUACGACGAGAACAUGUGGCUGCGCUACAACCCGUAUCCCAUCGCGCUCAAGGUCACCUUCCCCGACGCGCCCGCCACGAGCCCGCUGUGCGACGGCCGCACCGAGGUGUUCGCGGAGACGCCCAUGACGGCGACGAUUGCCUCGGUGCGCGACCGCGUCCACGCCAUGCUCGAUGGCGCCGUCGGCGCUUCCAAGCUUAAGCUCAAGAUCGGCGGCAAGGCAGCGACGCUCAAGCAGACGCUGGCGCACUGGAACCUGCUGGACAACGACGAGAUCGUCGUGUCGCUUGGCAAGUGAUGCGGCAGCGGCGAGGCAAUGCAUCGUUGCGGCAUCUGU